UGCGCAUGUGCACAGACAGCUCUAACAACACAGACAAGAUGGCGGACGUGCUGGAUCUUCAUGAGGCGGGAGGCGAGGACUUUCCUAUGGACGAGGAUGGUGAUGAAAGCAUCCACAAGUUAAAGGAGAAGGCCAAGAAGAGGAAAGGCCGCGGCUUUGGCUCAGAGGAGGGAGCCCGGUCCCGGGUCAAAGAGGAUUACGACACAGUGGAGCAGGAUGGAGAUGAGCCUGGUCCUCAGAGAUCGGUGGAGGGUUGGAUCCUGUUUGUGACUGGUGUACAUGAAGAGGCCACUGAGGAGGACAUCCAUGACAAGUUCUCAGAGUUUGGAGAAAUCAAGAACCUGCAUUUAAAUCUUGACCGCAGAACAGGCUACCUCAAGGGGUAUGCUCUGGUCGAGUAUGAGACCUACAAAGAGGCCCAGGCUGCUAUGGAGGGGCUCAACGGUCAGGACCUGAUGGGUCAGCCCAUCAGCGUGGACUGGGGCUUUGUGCGAGGGCCCCCAAAGAACAAGAGGAGGGUUGGUGGGCGUAGACGCAGCAGAAGCCCUGACCGGAGGAGACGCUGAAGCUAAUACACCCUUUUAACAUAAUGCUUGUAAGAAACAAUUGUUUUGUUACUCACUGACAACUGUGUCAAUCUGUGAUUUUUUUUUUUU